GUGAUGUGAUUCCCUGGUACUCUCUGCAGCAGACGGAUACAGUGACUGGUUGGGGAGCAGGGCUACUGAUAAAUAAAGCACAGCCACAAAUAGCACGAGACUCGGGCUGGGGAGUGAAAUCUCCCAGCCUCCAGGGACCAAGGUGGACACAGAGAGGCAGAUACCCCAGCCGGGAGCAUCACCCGGGAUAUUCAACAAGUAAAGAGCACAGAAGCCCCGCUGGGACCAUGUCACAUUCUGCUACACGGAGACUGCAACGUGGGACUCCCAUCCAGCUCCCACCAGGAAUGAUGGAGUCACCCAGCGUUGACAAGGACCUGUUAGAGGCAUGUACUUCUCCAUUCGAGCUGAAAUCAGCUCCCAGCAAGAAGAUGUGGGUCAAGCUGAGAGCUCUCCUGAAGUACAUGGUGAAACAGCUCGAAAAUGGGGAGGUCAAUAUUGUAGAACUCAAAAAAAACUUAGAGUACACGGCCUCGCUGCUGGAAGCAGUGUAUAUCGAUGAGACAAGACAGAUUCUGGACACAGAAGAUGAACUGCCAGAAAUCCGUUCUGAUGCUGUUCCAUCAGAGGUCCGAGAUUGGUUGGCGUCCACGUUUACACAACAAACCAGGUCAAGUGGCCGGCGAUCAGAGGAGAAGCCAAGGUUCCGCAGCAUUGUGCAUGCUGUGCAGGCUGGGAUCUUUGUGGAAAGAAUGUUUCGAAGAACAUAUACAGCAGUGGGACCAAACUACUCGGCAGCUGUUGUGAAUAGUUUAAAGCAUUUGGACCUGUGGGACUUUGAUGUGUUUGUUUUGAACAGAGUGAGUGAGGAUCACGCUUUGAAAACAAUUGUUUUUGAACUCCUGACCAGACACAAUCUGAACAGCCGUUUCAAGAUCCCAGUGGCAUUUCUGAUGAACUUUCUGGACUCUCUGGAAACUGGUUAUGGAAAGUACAAAAAUCCCUAUCAUAACCAGAUUCAUGCUGCUGAUGUGACGCAGACAGUCCAUUGCUUCCUGUUGCGGACGGGAAUGGUGCACUGCUUAAAUGAGAUUGAGAUACUGGCUAUUCUUUUUGCCGCUGCCAUUCACGACUUUGAACAUACAGGAACAACAAACAGCUUCCACAUCCAGACCAAAUCAGACUGCGCCAUUCUAUAUAAUGACCGGUCAGUGCUGGAGAACCACCAUGUGAGUGCGGUUUAUCGAAUCAUGCAAGAUGAUGAAAUGAACAUCUUUGUCAACCUCACCAAGGAUGAGUUCACGGAACUAAGGUCUCUUGUCAUAGAAAUGGUCCUGGCCACUGACAUGUCUUGUCACUUUCAGCAAGUCAAAACCAUGAAAACAUCUCUGCAGCAGCUGGAAAUAAUUGACAAAUCAAAGGCCCUUUCUCUACUGCUUCAUGCUGCAGACAUCAGUCACCCAACAAAACAGUGGAAAGUACAUGGACGUUGGACCAAAGCUUUGAUGGAAGAGUUCUUCAGACAAGGAGACAAAGAAGCUGAAAUGGGACUGCCUUUCUCACCACUAUGUGACCGCAAAGCCACUUUGGUGGCUCAGUCUCAGAUAGGAUUCAUAGAGUUUAUAGUGGACCCAACAUUUUCGGUGCUGACAGAUGUUGCAGAAAAGAUUGUUCUUCCAUUAGUUGAAGAGGGCAGUAAGGCCAAGCCAAGUGCUCCUGUAAAUCAGUCAAGCUCACAGUGGAGGCAACCGUCCCUCGACGAGCAAGCUGAACUAGGAGACAUCAAUGCUGACCUGAACAGCUUCCGAACAACAUGGACCAAGUAUAUCCAGGAAAACAAGCAGAAAUGGAAGGAGAGGGCAGCAAGCGGAAUCACUAACCAAACAUCUGUUGAUGAACUUUCCCCCUGUGAGGAGGAACAUAGCACAGAGGAAAAUGGCAAUCUGGACUAGUGCACAUUUUCAUUCGACACCAGGCACUCUUCUGGUUCAGAAUGAGGUCUUUGAUACCACAUCAGAUCCCUUCCCUGCAGUACAGAAGGACCAGAACACAGGGAGUGAAAAGAAAGGAUCUGAGUAAAGCCGCAGGUCAUUUAGCACGCACAGAAAGUGGGACAUUCAGGGAACAUGCCUAUCCUCAAAAUUCCUCCGUCUGUGACACUGUAUGGGCUAACUCAUCGAACAUUGUAUAACUCUCCCUCUGUCCAUCUCCAGUGACUGUCUCUGCUCUGUGGGUCUGUUUCCUUUUUGUGGAUCACUUAAUUGCUGUAAUGCCAUCUGUCUUGUUUUUUUUGUGCGAGUCUCUUAGAGUAGGAUGCAGUUAUUUUAUUCUAUUUUUUACUGUGCACACAUUUGACACUCUGCAAUCAUUACAUUUUAGAUUAUUUUUUGCACAAUCGUUCUGCCACUAUGCAUGCGUUUUAAAUAGUGAAAGGGUAUCAAUAGAUUAAACUGCAAUGCAAAAAAAACAACAUAUAUAUAUUUAUUUAUUAAUUUGUUUUUUUAUAAACACACCUUGGGGUUAUGAAACAUAAUCUUAUAUUUAGAUGAUAAAAUUUACAACUAAGAACAGAAAAAUCAGACAUACCUUAACUUAAGAAUAAACACAACACAUACAAACGCAAAAAACCUGGGAGGUAGGUACUCGAUUUAAAAGUUCAUAUAAUGAUUAGGCAUGUCUAUAUAUAUAUAUGAAAACAACAGCGUGGUACAGAUAAAUGGACACUUUAAUCAGCCUCUUUGCUGUACUAUUUGUUACAGAGACAAUGGAACAAGGCUACAUUCACACUUAAAUACCAGAAUUCGAAUGCUAGCUGCAUUGCAUUUAAAGAUUAAUUUGACUGUUGUUUUUUUAUGCAUUGCUUCCUGCCAGGACGUUAUUAUGGUAGCAUUUUUCCCCGCUAGACAAGCAUUCAUCUCUAUGAUAUACGAUGUGUAGGACAUUGUUUCUUUCUACAGAGACUUCUCGAGCGUGACAAACGAAACCUUUUCUUAAGUGAAAGCAUACACAGCUCUGCACAUGUUUCUGUCACACAGUGUACAGAGUAGCAUUCCAUUCAUUCCCAUUGCACAAUACAUUCCUUACUGCAGACAUCAACAAGAAAAAAAUGUAGACAGAAUAUUGUCCAUUGCACAGACCUUCAGAGCAUUGCAUGAUCAAUUCCCUGCGGUGGAUUAAAGAAAGGAAAAUCUUCUUGUCUUUCUGUCUUGUCUGUGACAUGGGGUUUGAUGUUGUGUUUGGUGCCUUGUUUUGAAGUGUGUUGUAUACCUGUUGUCUACACUCACUCAUUACAUUUUUUUGAUAUACAAUUCAGACAUAGAAAUAUUUAAGUUAUGUUUUCAGUUGCAGAGACGGUUGUGAUUCAUUGUUUGUUUGUUUGUUUGUUUGUUUGUUUUUUAAACUAGCAACCUGUUCUCUUCUUUCAAACAUCGAGAAGUGGAUUCUGCAUUAUACACAGGUUGUCCCAUUUUUGAUGUCCCAUAACUUUCACUGUCCGAAUUUCUGAGAAAAAAAAAAAAGUGUUAACAUUUUAAGUUAGUGCUAGUUUAUGCCAGUUCUGGUUAAUGACUUUCAGGGAGCUCUGGACCAUGUGUCACAAUGCAUACAACGAUAGAACAGUAACACUGCUGGCUGGAUGUAAUAAGUCAUUUGAUGGAAUCCCAACCACAUUAACUUUGGAGGGUUUCUUGUGUAAUUAUGCAGUCACUUUAAAUGUAAACAGGAGGAAUAAUCCAAUGAAUGUUUAAUAAUGAAUUAUGGAAGCAGGUUCAUUCAACCUUUCUACUCUAAAUAAUGGAAUGAACAAUUAAUAGACAAAUACAGCGUUUCCCCUCUCGAUGCUCUAUCUGCAUCAACGGAAAUAAAUAAUCCAAUAACUGCAGAUGUCAAUAUCAAAUAAACGUCAUGAAUAAUUAUGCAUUUUCUCACCACAAUUUCUCUCUUGACAGGUUCCAUUUUAAAGACAUGAAUGGAUAGUUAUUAUUUUAUUAUGUUUGUAAAUUAAAAUUCCAACUAUGACAGCAGAAAGGAUCAGGAAUAAGGCAUUAUUUUCCCUGUAUAUUGAGUAUUUAUUUGCUCCUUGUAUGGGUUUACUAUGCAGCUAUCAUUUCCAUAAGUGCUAGUGAGUUAGGACUGGAGUGUAUGCAAAUAGGCUUCCACCGUAUGUUGAGUGAGUGUAUCAAUUAUUUUUAAGCUGCAACAUUUUUAGAAUAUUUGGUCGGCCGUGUCCCCAAUUUUAAAAGCUGCCAGUAGGCUCCUGUUAGCUGAUGCGUUGGGAGCAGUGGCAAAGAUCUCAGAUACAAAUUGAUGAUGGAAGUAAACUAUGAGGGAUACUAUACAAAAAUAAAACCAAACUAUAUAAAUACGGCACUUACACAAACAAGAUUUAUCCCCAAUUCUAGCCCCAUAAUCAUUAGUUCUAAAAACAUAAUAUACAUUCUAAUCAAGUGCUUCAUGAAAACUAACUGAACCAGUGGAAGAUAUUCUAUGCAUUGAAGCAUCUAUCCAACAAUAACAAAGUGGACACUCAGUGAAGUGGUCCUUACAGUGAAGUGGACUUUACAUUGGACCAUUGUGCAAAAAUAUGUCAAACUUUUUCUAUAUCUUUGCUGUAAGCAUUGGCAGUAUGCAAAGUGAUAUGUGAGCAUUCAGUUCUUUGUAGAACAAUGUGGGUGGAGUGCGAAAAAGGUUGAUGUAGAUCAGUCAAGGUGAAGUGGAUAGGAUAAGAUAUUGAAUGGUGAGAAUAAUGUAAGUAAAUUAAUAUCAAGAUGAAACAACAGUGAUGACAUAAUUUAAUGGUCUGAAGCAUUAAUCCCCCCCCCCCCCUUUAAAUUUCCUGAUAAUCCCAGACAAUAUGGCACAUUUAUUAUGACCACAAGGUAUUCCUUCAACCUCUAUGGUGUGAUCAUUCUGCAGGAGCAAGGAGCAUAUUGAGCCCUUCCACAGUUGGAGGAAAGAUACAAAUGUUUUAACACCCUAUUUAAAUAGAACAAAAGCUCAUUCUACCACAUCAACACUUUAACAUUGCAUUUUCUUACAGUGGAGUGGAAGUUGUAGUCAUGGUCUGAGUGUUAAAGGGGAACCGUCACUUCUCUCGAAAUUACACCAUUGAAUAAAGUAUUGAAAAUCAGUUAUCACUUAAGCUAACUUUUUUUUAAAUGUUCCAAUUUCUUUUUAAAUUAUAGUACAGAUUUAGCAAAGGACAUCUCAGCCCAGUUUGUUCCAGGCACAGCUAAGGUUUACAUUGUGAUUGAACAUAGAGAGAACAUAGAAACAUGCUUUAAUUUCUCCUCUUCUCAUUAUGCUGACUGCCAGGUGCAAAGGACAGAGUUCAUAAUGAUUGACAGGGGGCUAAGAUGGAGGCAUCCAGUUGCAGGAUAAAGAGGUGUGAUAAAGAGGAUUCUCCAUUAAAAAAAUUUUUUUAUACUUUAUAAACACAUUUUUCAAAAAAUAUAAGUACAUUAUAAAAAAAUAAUAAAAAUCCUGAGAAAUGACAGUUUCCCUUUAACGGUAACCUUCUUUACAUUAUAUGCUUCAUUAUUUCUUGUGAAAGGGCUUAACAUUGCCACUUCUGUAGAAACACUGAAUAUUUGAUGCAAUAUGACUUGAGUUACCAUUAGCUGAUAUUUCUAUGGCAACAAAAAGUCCAAAGCUCCCUUCUUCCUGACAUCAACUUUGUAUCCACCCGAGAAAAGCACUAAAUGUAUAUUACGUGUGUAGACAGUCUCCCUGUUAUUUUUGGUUUGAUGUUUGUAAGUUAACAGUAAGUAUAUGCAUUUGGUUAAACAGAGAACUAUUUCAGAGAUUUAAAGUCAAUAAAUAAGAUAAUUUAUUCCUGUUUCACCUUUAGUCUAUUUAUCAGUCUCCCAGUCUCAUUU